AUGGCAAUUCCCUUUACUUUAUUCAGGGCUCUCGGGGUUGGCGAUCACAUUGCGUUGCCCCAGCUUGUGGUAUGUGGUGACCAGUCUGCAGGCAAAAGCUCGGUUCUCGAAGGUAUCAGCGGAUGCCCAUUCCCACGACAAGAUGGCCUUUGCACACGUUUUCCCGCCGAGAUCGUGCUUCUUCAUGACUCCUCCAUCAACAGAAAAGCAGCCAGUCUCAUCUCAUCUCCAUCUCGUACCCCUCAAGAACGACAGCACUUUGCGGCCUUUAGGCGCGAGUUUGCGAGCUUUGACGAGUUGCCUGGUACCAUUCAGGAAGCUUCCUCUUUGAUGGGGGUUCGAUCCAGCCAAGCCCCUAAUGCUCCUGCCUUUGCCGCCGAUGCCCUUGGACUGGAAGUGGUUGGCAAUACUGGUCUCCAUCUGACAUUGGUUGAUCUUCCAGGAUUAAUCUCUGUCUCGGAAGAUCCCAACGACAUUGACAUGGUCAAAACGCUGGUCAACACCUAUCUUAAGAGCUCGCGUACCAUCAUUCUUGCCGUCAUACCAGCUAGCAGUGAUGCGGAGACUCAGGCCAUUAUCAAAAGAGCGCGACGCUUUGACAAGGAAGGUCUCAGAACUAUUGGCAAACGAUGCUGA